AUGGAGAUGGAUUUCAAGUGGUACCCACGAACUACCUUUGAAGGACCUGAUGUUCAGAACGACAUACCUCUUGCAGUCGUCUACGGGCCAGAGAGCCCGUGGUCGCCUACUGCGAUUCGUGCAAUAACAAAGCACGACGCAUCUUGGCUCCUUGGUGGUCUUGUUACAACAAGAGAUUUGCUUCCACCAGGGCUUUUUUGUCCUUGA